GCUGCAAUUUGUCUAUGAAAACAAUCCAGCGACCUAGCUACCAAAGAAAGUCGACUUAUACCGGUCUCAAACUCAUAUACUCCUUGUACAUACUCGCCUAAGUUUCUCGAAUGUAGUGCCGCAAUGUCUCUGCAUCGAUCAUCUCAAAUCUUGCGACCACUUUGCCAGUCGUGUGCUCGCAGACCAUCUCUCCUCCCCUCUUCAACCAUACCAACGACAACGAACAUAAUAAGAACCCCCGCGACGACAAGAAAUUACACAGCUACAAGCAAUUAUCAGGCAAAAAGACCCCUGAGAUCACCCGCCGCUAAGUCACUCAACAGAACCUAUGGCAAGGAGUUCUCUGUGGUCGAACCAGAGGAAUGGUGGGCAGAACACGAUGGAGUCAAGAAAAGAUUCGAAAAGAAUUACGCGACCAUAUAUGCAGAUAAUCGAAGAGCCAAAGUAUUCCGUGAGAUUGGUAGGAGGCUUAUACACGCCGCAUACAACAGCCCGGCCACCGCGGAAUCCCUAAAGCCUAUAUGGGCCGGUGACCCCGCUAGAGUACUCGACGUUGCGCUCGCGAUCUUCUCGUCGGCUCCGUGGGAAACGCAUGUCGUGAGAUGGUCCGUAGCUGCCACUAGUGAAGCCGGCGUCGUCUGGUCCAUGAUCCAAUUCGUCCAUUCACAGAUCAAGAAACAUGGAACCAAUCUACCCAACUCGCGAGAAAUCGAGAGAAUCAAGAAAAUCGCCUACGAAAAAGAUGAUCCCGUGGCACUUAUGGUCUGGGGAGACGUUGCAUGGAGAUGGGGACGAAAGGAUGAAGCUUUAGAGAUCUUUCAGUAUCUCAACAAAAUCGCUUAUCCGUCAUUUUCUCCAGCGGAGCGGAAUAAUGAUAUUACAUAUGAGGGUCAUUAUCAAGCGCCGUGGAAGUAUCUCGUCGAAAUUCACAAUGAAGCCGGAAGAUACGACGAAGCAGACGAAUUAAUGAAACUCGGCGCUCUGACUUAUCGAGAUCCCGCAGCUCUCGUCAGUUAUGCCUAUAUCCGAAAGGAAAAGGGGGACUGGGAAUCAUAUGAGCAAUGUUUAGUGGUAGCAGCAAUGACCGGUCACGGCGAAGCAUGCUUCCGACUGGGGAAUUACUACUAUCGUAUCUACAAAGGAGAAGUCCCUUCUCGCGAAGACAUAGCUGCCAAAAAACACCCCAUUCGAACAUGGUUUGUGGAUUUAUUUGGUUGGUUCACCCUCACUAAGAAAGAUUGGCGUCGUCUAGCCAUAAAUUGGUACGAAAUGGCUAGUGCGCUGGGCUACAUGCCCGGAACGAGGAACCUUGUGGUCUUGUUGCGUGAAGAUGGGCAUGAAUCGGCUACUGAGAUCCUUGAUCGGAUAAAGCUUGAUUAUGUUAUGUGGAAUAGUAAAAAUAUCGUGAAGCUGAGGAAAUCGUGGGAUGAUCCGAAUUUCAAGCCUGAUUUGCCUGCUGCCUGGCUUGAGUUGUAGGUUAGCUUUUUACUGUAUAUUUUCAUGGAAAAUGAACACAGGAGGAUCUUCUUCAAGGUCAAAUAUUUUAAAUCUUACAAUCCAUCACAUACAUAAUCACAC